AUGGAACUCAAACCCACCGACAUGAAGUACUACAGCGAGGCGGAUCAAAAAAACAUCAAGCAUGCCCGUAAACUCAUCAUUCUCAAUAUGCUCCUGGAGAGCGGGUGGCAGAAGACUAGCAACCUUGGUUCCAUCACUGCAGAGUGUAUCUCACAGGCAUCUGACACGUCUGUCCAUGUCACCGAGUGCACGGACAGCAUCAACAAACUCAUUUUCGAUGGAUUAUCAACCAUCAGAGGAAAGCUCGUUAACGAGGCUGAACAAGUCCUAUCGUGCCUAAAAAUAUACCCGUCUGACAAUAGCGCAAUGAGCGAUGACGAAAGAAGCAACCAUAUUAAACAGUGCUUGAGAGCAUUAAUCUUACACAUUUCAUGGCCUAUGUAUUCACUGAUGGGCGCUGCGAUUCUAUGUGUCAUCCGCCAGGCUUUGGAAGGUCGACUAUCGAAGACAAAGAAUGUGCUUCAAUUCUCAACGGAAGAAUUCUUGGGGGUUGCGGAAGGAAUCCGCAAAGCGAUGAUGGAAUAUGCUGCUAAGCCCGAGCUUGACGAGUAUGAAUUGAUGCCGUGCAUGCAGGCACAUCACGACAAAUGCCUACGAAAGCUACGGAUACACACAGGAGAAAUGUCGCCAACAAAAAAUACAAUGAGUUAUGUUGCUGCUAUGACUACUGAGCUAUACCAGCGCCCUUGCCCUGCACCCACCUCCACCUCCUCCUCGAGUUCAUUACCAUCGUCUACCUUUGAUUAUGGUCACCUUCCAGUCACGUCAUGGUCGUCGUCAUCUGGCACUUCGUGGUACCCCUGUGAAGAUGAGCAUGAUCCUGUUGCUGCGAAGUCGCCACUGAUGAUGCUGUUCCAAUAUUACCCACCACACUACUCACCUCCUGAGCCCCCAUACCAGCCGCACUGGAAUGCAAACUCCAGUGGUGAUGCUGUACAACCUGACGAGCAACAGCUCGUCACCGACAAUCCGUCAACGUUUCCACACGUCAGUGAUCAGUAUUCAUUUGGGAGUUUGAGUUGGGGUGGGGCGCCUGGUACAGGCUGGGGUGGCCCCAUGGCAUAAUACUGUUUUCAUAGUCGCACUGUUGUUAUACUAGUAGAUCUUAUCAUUUGAAC